CAUCUUAGGUUGCUACCAUCUCAAACUUAUCUGCACUUAUCCUUGUCUCACAUGCUCCGCCGGACCACCAGAACCCUCCUGUCGCUAGAGUCUUCCGGCCGCCCGGCGACAGAGAAAUGUUCGGAUCUUAUGGUAGGUCAAAACCAUCUUCCCUUCUCCCUCAGAAACAUCUCCUUUUCUCUCUCUUCCAGCCUUCACUCCAAGAAGCUCAACUAUGGCGAGGGGUAGUUCGCAGUCGCAGGCUUCGUCAAACGCGGGGGGUGCGCGGCCGAUCACGGUGGGUCCGCGGGGGUCGGCGGCGGCGGCUGCGGGGAUGCGGAGGAGGCGGCUGGGGGUCGGCGGCGGCGGGGGAGGGGCCUCCGCAGGUGGGUUCUCCGGCGGAGGGAGCAACAUGCUGAGGUUCUACACCGAUGACGUCCCGGGGCUCAAGAUGACGCCCACGGUCGUGCUGGUGAUGAGUCUCUGCUUCAUCGGCUUCGUCACAGCUCUCCAUGUCUUCGGCAAGCUCUACCGCUAUCGAUCCACCGCCACCGGUGGUUCUUGAUCCGCCCGCCGCCCGGUCUCUCUGUAAAAGAUCCAAGCUUUAUUGUUUUCUUUUCCUUCUUCUUUAGAUCAAGCUUUCCUCUUUGACGACCCUUGUAGACUGAGAUUUUCUGUCAUAGAAUCGAUCGUUUCCAGUUCAUGGUUAGAUCUAGAUCUUUCUGUAUGUAAUAAAGAUUCUGUUUCUCUCUCUCUCUUCUUUUUUUUUUUUUUUUUUUUUUCUGUCUAUCAUUUUGCUGAUCGGCUCACAUUCUUGGAUGGUGCAUUUGCUUGCAAUUUAUGGAUGAGAUGAUGAUUGAUAAAUGUCAAAGGCUGUAGAUGUACUUGAAUUCGGGCUGAUGUAUGUGUGGGAACGUUAUGAUGAUAUUUCUGCAUGUAGAAAAUAAGCAAUGAAUUCAUUAGCAUAUUUGUUAAUUUAUCUAUUGAGCAAUAAAUUGAUACAUUAUGUGG